AUUUGUUGAAUCCGCACUCCUCUCUUACUACGAUCCGCGCGCACGAUAUAUUCUCUCUCGCUCGGCCGCCGCCACGGCCGCCUUCGUAUUCUCCGCCGAGCAGCAUCCCCUACAUUGCCUCCUCUUCCUCGACUGCAACCCACCUUCUGUCGUUUCCUCCAUCCUCUAUUUACUCCGCUGAGUCUUCUUCUAGGUGUCUCUCCUCGUACUCGGCUUCCACUUCAUCCUUACCCUCAAGCCAGACUGCUUCCGGCGAUAGUUCCUGCGCUGCAGCCAAAAGGCACAACCGGCUUUGCAACCGCCCGCGUCGGUUUCAGAGGCUGCUUUCGGAGCAAAACCCCAUGGCAAAAGAUGUCAUUGAGUUCAGGCGAUCUGAAGAAUUUGAAGAUGUGAUAGAAGAGGAAGAAGACGAGGAAGAGGAGCAAAUUGAGCAAUGGGAUGACUGGCAAUCUGACAAGGAGGACUCAUCUGCAGAUUUCCUUUGCUUGUUCUGUAGUUCGAGAUUUGGUUCUGUGGAGGUCCUCUUUGACCAUUGCCGCUGUAAGCACUUCUUUGAUUUCCACAGCAUUGUUCGUGAGUGGAGCUUAGAUUUUUAUGGUUCCUUCAAGCUCAUCAACUAUGUGAGGUCUCAGGUCUCUGAAAAUAAAUGCUGGUGCUGUGGUCUAGAGUUUCAAUGCAGUAGAGAUCUUCAGAAUCAUUUGCAUCCAGCUCCCAGUUUUGAUAAGGAUGGAAAAUUCUUAUGGGAAGAUGAUCAUUAUUUAAAACCAUUUAUGGGAGACGAUCCACUUUUGCAUAGUUUUGGUGGUGAUGAAGAUGAAGAAGAUGAUCCUAUGACAAUAAAUAAAGAGGAAAUAAUGAGAGAGCUAGUUGUCCAUGAAAAAUUACCUAGACUCUGUAAUGGUGGUCACAGCAUUCUGAAUGGUGAUGCUUCAGUCUCCAACACCUUCACAGAAACUGAAGAUAAAACAGAAUGUAUACAUAUAUUGGGUAAUAAUUUUGAAGGAAAGCCAACCGAUGACAUUAUUUUUAAACCAUGUGAUGAGAAACAUAAAGAUGGGCAAUUAAGGGAGUCUUUUGCUAAUGUCACUGUGAAGGAGAUCAGAAAUGUAAAUGAGAAAUAUUUUGGUGCUUAUGGCUCUUUUGGCAUACACAGGGAGAUGCUCAGUGAUAAGGCAAGAAUGGAUGCUUACCAAGGAGCGCUGUUAAAUAAUCCCUCUCUUAUUAACCAAGCUACAGUUUUGGAUGUGGGUUGUGGGACAGGGAUAUUAAGUCUUUUUGCAGCUCAGGGUGGUGCGUCAAAGGUCAUUGCUGUUGAAGCUAGCAAGAAAAUGGCUGCUGUUGCUACUCAAAUAGCCAGUGAUAAUGGCCUAUUGUCAGACAACACCACCAAAGGCAGAGAGAAGUGUCCUGGAGUAAUAAAUGUUGUUCAAUGUAUGGUUGAAGAGCUUGACAAAUUCAUACAUGUUUUGCCAAGUAGUGUCGAUGUGAUAGUGAGCGAGUGGAUGGGUUAUUGCCUGUUGUAUGAGUCGAUGCUCAGUUCGGUCCUCUAUGCUCGUGAUAGAUGGUUAAAGCCUGGUGGUGCUAUCCUUCCUGAUACCGCAACCAUAUUUGGAGCUGGAUUUGGAAGAGGUGGGACAAGCAUACCUUUCUGGGAGAAUGUGUAUGGUUUUGACAUGUCUUGCAUCGGCAAAGAAGUUAUGGAGGAUUCUUCUUCUGCUCCCAUCGUUGAUACCAUAGACAGCCGGGAAAUUGUGACAGAAACUGCAGCUAUCCAUUCCUUUGAUCUAGUGACAAUGAAGCUGGAUGAUAUGGAUUUCACAUCAAGUUUUGAAUUGAAAUUGAGAACAGAAUCCAUAGAUGGCAUUACCACUGCCAGAACACGCUCUUGCUACGGGAUGGUGCUCUGGUUUGAGACGGGUUUUACUAGCAGAUUCUGCAAGGAGAUGCCCACCAACCUCUCGACGUCACCUUACUCUCCAAAAACUCAUUGGUCUCAGACCAUUCUCAUGUUCAGGGAACCAAUUGUUCUAUCAUCUUCUGAUAUUACUGCCAGCAUGACUGGGGCAGUUGGCACAGAAGAGUGCCCUGCCGUUGCCAUCAGGUCUCGCAUCAGCAUCGCUCGGUCGUCAGCGCAUCGCAGUAUCGAUGUGUCAUUGGAACCUCAAGCUAUUAGCUCAGAUGGUCGUAAGCGAAGUUGGCCAGUUCAGAUCUUCAAUUUGUGAGAUUUCAAUGACCUCAUGCCACCCAAGUCUCUGUUCUCUUCUGAAUUUUUGUAAUGUAGGGUUAUAUAUCAGUAUUUAUCUGUCUGGAUGUUUAUGAAAAGCUUGAUUUAAUACAUAAUCAUGGAGCUGUUCCAUAAUAUUGAAAGAUUGAGUAAGAAUUAGAACCCACAAGCCAUUUAAGUAGAAUUUGUCGAGCGAUAUGCUUCUUUUGUCGA